CCAUCCUUCAAUCAGACCUUCAUCCUCGAGACCGCUUCUUCUGACCUGAUCGCAAACCUGCUGAAAGUAGUGGCUGUGGCGCAGAGCUCCCUUCGUCUUAGCCGAGCGACAUUCACCAUUGAUUGAUUGAUUGCUAAAUUAAUUUUAAUUCCUCUCUGCGCGAACUAAAGACCAAAAAGGGACCACGAGAACGAAAACGAGAAGGGAAGAAAAGGGUCCGACGCAACAGAUCAGUGACUGUUCUGCAACUGUCCGAGGUAGCAGCAGCAGCAAACAGUUUUUUUUUCUUUUCCCUUUCCCCUCUCUCUUGGCUUCAUUCUCAAUUAUAGCUUUUCUGGCGGACAAGGAGUUAUUCAAAUCCACCACGGCCUGCAAAACAGUGAGAACUUCGGCUAGCCAUGACUUUAAACAUUCCUCAUAUCCGACGUCGUUCGUCGGUGUCUAGUCCUGUCAGUAGCAGGUCUUCCCAUGAGGAACCUAAGCCUGACAAUGUGAGCGGGGACGAUGAGAUCGUCGAGCCCGAUCAGGGCAACGUCCUCUCCCACAUUAUCUCGCAGCUCCGACCGGGAGCGGAUCUCAGUCGGGUUGUCCUGCCUACCUUCAUCCUCGAACCCCGGUCCAUGUUGGAGCGCAUUACAAACUUCAUGGCACAUCCCGAGACGCUGCUGCCUAUGCCCGAUAUCGACGACCCCCUCGAGCGUUUCGUAUCCGUGGUCAAGUUCUACCUGAGCGGAUGGCACAUCAAACCACCCGGUGUGAAGAAGCCGCUGAACCCGAUCCUGGGCGAGACCUACACCUGCUACUGGGACUACCCCGACGGAACCCGCGGAUACUAUAUCUCUGAACAGACCUCGCAUCAUCCUCCCAAGUCGAGCUACUUCUUCAUGGCCCCUGAACAUAACAUCCGCAUCGACGGCACUCUCAAGCCACGCAGCAAAUUCCUCGGUAACUCGGCCGCCAGUAUGAUGGAGGGGAUUGCUAUCUUGCGCUUCUUGAACCGCGGUCAGGACACGGAGAAGGGCGAAAAAUACAUCCUGACGCAACCCAACAUGUAUGCUCGCGGCAUCCUGUUUGGAAAGAUGAAGUAUGAGCUUGGCGAUCACAGCUACGUGCGGUGCCCGGAGAACAAUCUCGUCGCCGAUAUCGAGUUCAAGACUAAGGGUUACUUUUCUGGCACCUACAAUGCUAUCGGUGGAACAAUCAGGAACGAGAAAACCGGGGAGGUCUACUACGAACUGUCUGGACUCUGGAACGGUGAGAUGUACAUUAAGGAUGUGCACACCCACAAGAAGGAGCUUCUCUUCGACGCAACCCACACCAAGCACACUCCCCCCUUGACUCGUCCUCUUGAGCAGCAAGGCGAGCGCGAGUCCCAGCGGUUAUGGCACAGUACAGUCAAGGCCAUCAUUGCCCGGAACCAUGAGGCAGCCACGGACGAGAAGACCAAGAUCGAGGAUCGUCAAAGAGAGGAGGCGGCCAAGCGGGUCGAUGAAGGUGUGGAGUGGCACCCCCGACUCUUCCGUCAGGUGCAGGGUGGGCCCAACGGCCCGGAUGAGGGCGAAGAAGACCUAGACUGGAUCAUUAACACGCAUGUUGACUCGCAUAACCCCGAACUUGCGGCUAAGCAGAUUCUUGCUAUUGCGCCGAUCCUUGAUGGCCAGGCCGAGCCUUCUCAAUAUCAAAUUCCCCCGCACAAGUCGAACGAACCCCUCGUCCCCACUGAUGACAGCAACGGCGAGGCGCCCGUCCCGGAGCAACCCAAGCCCGAAGUAGUGGAAGCGGUUGAGCGCAAAGAUUCACGCACAAAUGAUAUCGACGCUUACGUGGACGCAAAGGAGAACUGAGAGGACAAUCAAGUGAGCGAGUUCGCAAGUUUCCACGAGCAACUCGAGCAGAGGUGAUUGCCUGCCCAACUGCGGCGACUCACCACUGAAAAUGAGAAAGAGGAACUGGUAGGGCAAGUCGGGUGUUGUGGACAUGCCUUGAGACCUGCACAACAGCCUAUAAUUAUGGUUCAACACCGGCUUGCAGGACGAGCUACCGUUCGGCGUCAAACUAUACUGGAUACCCGAUUGAUUUUAUAGUAUGGAUCAUACGUUCAAAAAGUUUCAACAAGAUAGGGAAAGGGGGGAGAACCUCGACGGAACAUUGGCGAAAGUCUCGCAUGAUAGUAUCGCGGGGAGGAAGUAUUCUUUCCCACGAUUCGUCGUGAAUACAUACCAUUGUUUUGUACACAUUCGGAGGAGGUCGGAGGCGGGAACGAGCAGCGAGCAAUUAUUUCAGCACUAACCAUAGACUUUAGUCCACUGCAUGUGGAUAAUAUAAUAUUUCGAUUUCCAA